GGGAGGAUGUGAUGGUGGGAUGGGUUGUCUGUACUAACCAUGCCGGGAUCCAGUAUACCACACUAGGAGAAGUGGACAUAGCUGUAAGCCCAGGGCUGGAGGAAGCCCAUAAGGGGCAUAGUCUGAGUUUUAGAUUAAUCAUAGGUGGAUGUGUUCUGGGAGGCAUUGUUGGCUCAGGUCACCUACAUGAAGAUGAGGGAUGAUGCCCCUCUUUCCUACCAUGAUGGCUUAUGAGGAUGAUUCCUUCAGUAACCCCAAACCUAUUUCCAUUCAGAAGCUGGUUCCAAAACAAGCUUCAGUACAACACCAAUUUAAGCACUUGCCAGCACUGCAGCUGCGCUCUGCCACUGAGCGGGCACAGGCUGACCACCAGCUGGAGCAGACCACCCAAUCCCUGAUCCAGGCACUGAACCUGCAGCAAGGGCAUGAGCUGACUGGCAGGCACCAGCAUAAUGCUCACUCUGCAUCACACACUGACCCUGAGCGGGCUCAGAGCGACUCGGAGCUAUCCAGCAUCCUGUCCAAGCAAAGAAAUGAAACAUGCGACUCGAUCCAGCAUAUCCCAACAGCAUCAACGCUCCUCAGUGAACAAGGCACGCAGACGGCGCCGUCGCGGGCCAGUCGGUCGGCCGUCAGCCAGCUACCGUCGCUGCACCUGCUGCGUACCCUGCAGGCGCGUCUGGUGGAGGCGCUGCAGCAGGUGAACGAGCUGCGCUCGCAGGGCCCCUGGCAGGAGCGCGUGCUCGACCAGCUCGACUGGAACCGCAAGCUGCUGCGCAUGGAGGAGUUCCACACCAAGAUCAGUCGUGAGAUGUACAUGCUGACGCGGCAGGUCGAUCUGGUGAUGGAUAAUGUGUGCGGCAUCCCGCAGUCCCGGGUGACGUCAUCCGUCAAAGGUGACGUCAUCCGGAAGCUGGUGCGAGCCCAUCGAUCAGCACUCAGGGUGACACAGGCGUUCGUGCAGAACUACUGGGACGGCUCUCUGGACGGUCAGCAGGCCGCCCGCUUCCUCGAGCUGCUCUCCGUCUGCAGGAACCUGGUCGACAUCUGCGCCCACCUCGGCAUCCGCUUCUCGGACAUCUCCGACAUGCCCGAGCGGCUCGCCUCGCUGGUCGGCCAGCACGUGACCACGGCCGGCGACGUCGGCUCCCUCAUCCGCGAGAUGGCGCUGGGACGCUUCGGCCCGGCAGCCGAGCGGCGCCGUCGUCAGCUGCGGCCGGCAGAGCGGGUCGGCCACUCCGGCGCUCGCCCGCUCCGCCACCACCAGAAGGUCAAGUCGACUAUAGAGCGACUGAUAUCGUCCAAGACUGGUGAAAAGUCGUCGGUGAGAAGCGCCCCACCUGGCCGCAAAGUGAGCCGACCCUCCAGAGGAAGACGGCCCGACUCGGCUCCUCACAGUACACCGAAGGCGCCGCCGGCUCCGGCCCUGACGAGCCGCCCGCCGCUGACGCCGCUGCCGGAGGAGGACGACUCGGGCUCGUCGGCCGCCCCCCGUGACCCGCUGGACGGGCUGGCCGCCGCCGUGGAGCGGGCCGUCGGCCGUGCGCUGGCCCGCGUGGCCACGGACCCGGCGCUGACGCGUCUGCGAGCGAUGGACACGUUCGGUCUAUAG